UGUAUGCUAAUAGAUAAGGUGUUAUGAAAAUAACCCCCUAGAUAAGGGUAUAAAAGAUGGCCCCGCGGCGUCUCGAUCUAAUUGUAGGCCGCGGCACAGCGGUUUAGGUUGUGAUGUGGGUAGUGGUGUUUCUGCUGCUAGGGGCGGCUGCCGCGCAGUGUUCUGCGGCGCAGACCGUCCUCUGCGGCAGAGAGCUCGCCAAGGCACGUGCUAUGUACUGCUCCGAGUACAAAAUAAAUCCGUUCCCUGUCGACGCUGUUGACUCCAGUUUUUCACCGUUAGCGAUAGAAGAUUCCGAGUUUUUGCGAAGCAUUCCGGAGCGCUUCAUAUUUCGGGCGCGCCGCUUCGCUCGCGCGCGGCUCUCGCCGGGCGACCUCGUCGAAGCCUGCUGCCUGAAGCCCUGUCACGUCUCAGAACUGCUCAACUAUUGCUAAACUUUGACCUCAUCCUUUUAUACUUUAUUUUAUAGAUAUGUUUUUGGAUUGGAAGUCAUUAAAUUAUUAGUCUGCC